CCCUCACAGCCUGCCACAUGUCUCGCUUUCCUCACCACACUCCUUAAGCUCUCAUCUUCCGUUUCCUUCCUCACUUCUGAGUAAAAAGAAGGACAGAAGGAAAGAAAAUGUCCGGUGGGGUGGGACCUAUAUGCGGUGACAUAAGCCUUCCGAAGGAACAAGAAAGCAUCCACAAAGAAGCAUGGGACCCAAAGCAAGGCGGGGGCAGCGUUGGGCGGAGGAAGGCGGCGGCGUUUUUGAGUCUUCGGCAACUGAAUGCGCUGGCGGUGGUGAUUAUAUUUUCGGCAAGUGGGAUGGUUUGUGCAGAAGAUUUGGUGUUUGUGAUGUUUUCGAUUAUGUAUAUGUAUUUCCUUUCAAGAGUGGCGUUUCCGAGGAUAGGAGGCGCCGGAGAUGCGGCGGUGUUUGGCCCGGAGAAUAGGGUGCUCCGGCUUUAUGUGUUAUUUGCGGCCAUGGUUGGGCUGUUUCUACCCGUAGCUUAUAUUCUUGAAGGGUUUUUUGAAGAAGAUAAAGAAGGCAUUAAAGCUGCUUCUCCACAUGUCUUUCUUCUCGCUAGUCAGGUUUUCAUGGAAGGCGUGGCGGCGAACGACAGUUUCUCGACGCCAAUCCGUGUGUUUGUGCCCGUUUUCUACAACUCGAGAAGGAUCUUCACGCUGACGGAGUGGCUACGAAACGAGUUCGCCAAAGAAGACAAGGAGUACAGCGGGUCGGUGAGGAGGCUGAUGGUGGGAAGAGCCCUUGCGGUGGCCAACAUGGCGCUUUGGAGCUUCAAUCUAUUUGGGUUCUUAUUGCCAGUGUAUUUGCCAAGAGCUUUCAAGAGAUAUUAUUCUCUCUACAAAUCCAAAGAUUGAGAAAUCUUUGGUUUUCUUUUUUGUUUAUUGCCGAUUACCCAACUUUGUUCUUCAAAAUAAUUAUUGUGGAAGACAGACUUUUUUUAAAAAA